CACACACCACUCAAGAGAAGAUGUAGUGCUCCAUUCCAAAGGCGAGGCCCUGCUUAGGCUAGUGCUUAGAGUAGGGGGAGGGUGAGGAGUAGUUCGGGGAGGCGCCGGGCCUGUCGGCGGUUUUCUCCGGUCUUAUACCUCUACGGAUGCUAGCUUCCUUCUGAGUAAAGUUGCUCCAAGUUCCCAGCCUUCCCCCUCAUCGAGUACGUGGUUGUUGGAGAAAAAGAAAACGAGUCCAUCGAAGAAUGGUGGACGGCAUCGAUGACGAGGUGGUGGUGGAGCUGCCCUGCGGUGGAGGCGAAGGUAACCCCGCCGCCUACGCGGCUGGGCUCAAAAGGAAGCUGGACUUGUACUGCGCCGCUGUCGCCAAAUCCAUGGAGGCCAAAUCACAAGAAUCCUCGUUGGGCUACUCCGACUCACAGGCUUCAGGCACUUCACAAUUGACUUCUCAAGCUUCUUCUGCUGUUGAACACACAGGUGAUGGAGGUGGGGCAAGCCUAGUUACAAAUAACUCAAAUGUCCUCGGUCGUGAUGACUAUCAAGGAGACCCAAUUAACAGUGGUACAUCUAAGGAACAGUCAGACGCCUGUGUCAAUCUUGAGGAGAAAGGUGACCCUGCUAAUGAGAAAAAAAUGAGGAGAAUGCUGUUAAAUCGAGAAUCAGCUAGGCGUUCAAGGAGGAGGAGGGAAAGUCACCUGUGCGAUCUCGAAUCUCAGGUUUCCAGGUUAACAUCUGAAAAUGCAUCUUUGCUAAAGCGCAUGGCUGAUAUGACUCAGAAGUACCAGGAUGCUACCCUUGACAACAGAAAUCUCAUAAUUGCUGUUGAGACAAUGAGGACCAAGGUGAACAUAGCAGAGGAAGCUGUUAGGAGACUAUCAGGAACAACACUCCUCUUAUCCAGUACAUCUGAACUACCUCCAAGCAUGAGUUCUGUUAGUUAAGCCUUGCGUUGUAGAUAGACUUGCAUGUUUCCUUUUCUGUUAUGCAUGCGCACGAGCACCGUAUUCUGUGGUCGCCGUGCGCGUAGAGGUCGUGGCCGAGAAUAGCUCGCCACGGACCUGGGCUCUCAGCUGUGAGCGGCGUCGUGGGCGUGGGGAUGGACGCGCCGAAAUCACGCGACAUGGGGCAAAUGGCCGAGCGCUUUGCCUUGUAAUCUUUGCUUUAUAUUCAGUAAAGAACAACAGAAAAUGCUGCCAGUUCAAGCA